UCAACACACAAGCAUCAGCAAAUCAUUGUUAAAUUUUGUUCCCGUUCGUGUAGUGAAGGUGGUGCACGUAGGUACCUAUAUACAUACUUUACGGUAUACAUACGAAAGAGAGAGUUUGGAGUUUGGAGUGUUUAAACAAAUUUUGGACAGUUUGGAGUUUGGACUCAUUUAUGUUGUGUAUAUACACAUGUAUAUUUACGUAUAGUCGGACAAACCUUUCAAGUGUGCUUUGACUGCUUUGAGUGUGUAUGUCUGUGAAAAAGUGCGCGUCCUAUUCGCGGUCUUCGCAGUUCGCAGUCGCACAUUCUUCGCGGAGUGUCGAGAGUGUCUCGAGGUUGCAUUUAAAUAAGUAGGUAUCUACAUACAUCCCAAGACUCCCAAGUAAUCCCCAGCUGCGUGUACACCUACUGCAUAGCAUAGCUGGCUUGAUGCUGCUACCGUCAGUGUGACUGUGUGCGUGCAGAGAGAAUUUCUCUUGUGCGCGGAGACGCAGAGAGCUCCGCCAGGAGAGAAAAUGUCGGAAAGUCGCGGCACCUGCCGCCGCAACCACCACCUCGACCACUGUUGUCCGGUUGUCGGUUCAUGACGAGCCCAUCGCUUGGGAAUCCGGGGACACUUGCAACUCUUCUCUCAUCUCCAAGAACACACGCCUAACAAGUGUUAAGAGCUUAAGAAUCAUUACUCAAUCAUUAAUAAACUGCAACAGCAAGUAUUAACCAUGUUUGCCAAAAAGAAGAAGAAACCUCAGAUUUCAACGCCAACAAAUUUUGAACACAGAGUUCACACUGGUUUUGACAAAAGGGAGGGUAAAUUUGUUGGAUUACCAUUACAAUGGGCUUCGAUUGUUGGAAACAAUCAAAUCUUAAAGUCGACCAACAGGCCUCUUCCACUGGUGGAUCCAAGUGAAAUCACACCAACAGAAAUCCUGGAUUUAAAAACAAUAGUACGUGGUCACAAUGAUCCAAGAAUGAGCAAGUCGUCUAUAGAUAAAUCAAUGGAGACUAACUUGCCAAAAAUGAGCAGUGUUGCACGAUCAAAUUCAUUAAGGUCUUCCAGUCCCCCAAGACUAAGGAGGGACUACAGGAACAAUACAAAUUUACCCCCAUCUGUUCCAGAAGGCCAAGAAAUGACUAAUAAUCCCACACCAACGCAAAUGUAUUCCAACUUCAAUAAAACUCACGGAUACGCUGAUAAAAUGAGGCCAAACAAUCCAGCAAUAAAUUCAGGCCACAAUAACAUGAUUCCAAAUCUUCAAAAUUUAAACCCCAACAUGCAGUCUUCACCAAAUUUGCCUCAUACGAGUAACAAUGUACAAAAUUUGUCGAUAAACUUCCAAAAUUUGAGUCCAAUUCCAAGCAUGCAAAGUCCACCAUCAAAUCCAAAUAUUCCGCAAAUGCAAGAAUACGACUUCCAAAGGAUUAAUCCAUCUGCAGCUGGCCCACCGCCUACUCAAUACAACGGAAACAUUCAACAUUCCAAGCUUGAUUCAUCAAAGAUUGUUCCAAAUCAAAAUAUGAUGCUUCAGCUUAAAGUGUCACCUGUUGGCUCGAUAGCUUCUCAAAGACCUUUGAGCCAAUUAAGUUCGCACAAUGUUACCAAGCAUACUCAGAAUUACGGAGCAAUGGAAAAUCCAAGCUUCCACACCCACUUCCAAAAACCUAUAGAGAGUUCUCAGUCUAUGCAUAAUCUCUCAAAAACGACAGCUUUGUCCAAUAUGCCAGGGGCUAGUACAACACCAGAUCAGAAUCAGAACUUGAAGAAUGCCAUGUCAUCUGGCAACUUAGCUGUAAAUGCUUCUGGACCAGUUGCAAAUAAUUCUGGAAAGCAAAGUGCUGAGCAGAGGUUGACUCAUGAGCAAUUUAGAGCCGCAUUACAGAUGGUGGUAAGCACGGGAGAUCCUCGAGAAAAUUUGGAAAACUUUUUGAAAAUUGGUGAAGGCAGUACGGGAACGGUGUGCAUAGCUACAGACAGAACGACGAAUCGUCAAGUAGCGGUGAAAAAAAUGGAUCUUAGGAAGCAGCAGCGUCGCGAGCUGCUAUUCAACGAAGUUGUAAUUAUGAGGGAUUAUCAUCAUCCUAAUAUCGUCGAGAUGUAUGAUAGUUUCCUCGUGAACGACGAACUUUGGGUUGUAAUGGAAUACUUGGAAGGAGGAGCCCUUACGGACAUUGUCACGCACUCUCGAAUGGAUGAGAGCCAGAUCGCAACUGUAUGUCUGCAGUGCCUUAAACCUUUGCAGUACCUGCACUCACAGGGUGUCAUUCAUAGAGAUAUCAAAUCAGAUUCAAUUUUACUCACUGCCGAUGGAAGAGUCAAACUCUCUGACUUUGGUUUUUGUGCUCAAGUUUCGCAGGAAUUGCCAAAGCGAAAGUCACUUGUCGGUACGCCCUAUUGGAUGAGUCCUGAAGUUAUUUCUAGGUUACCGUAUGGGCCUGAAGUAGAUAUUUGGUCUUUGGGUAUAAUGAUCAUCGAAAUGGUUGAUGGAGAACCACCAUUUUUCAAUGAACCACCUUUGCAAGCAAUGAGACGGAUCAGAGACAUGCCACCUCCAAAGUUGAAAAAUUCUCAUAAAGUGAGCCCAAAAUUGCAGAAAUUUUUGGAAAAAAUGUUGGUCCGAGACCCAGCUCACAGAGCCACUGCAGCUCAACUAUUGGAGGACCCAUUUCUCAUGCAGGCCCAAAGCCCUAGUAUUUUAAUUCCGCUGAUGCGAGGAUCCAGAAACACGACUUGUUAAUCAGGGACUCGUUCAUUUGUUGAGUAAAAGAGAAUAGACAAGAGAGCUGAGAGAAAAAUGAUCACAGCGCCUGUAUGUAUGUAUUUCGCUUGACGCUUGUAGCUAAGCGUUUCUCGAUUUUGGCACUUGUCAAAUUUUCGUAGCCUUUGAUGUUCAUUCACCGAAAGCACGCGCCUACAGUUUAUCGAGUUUGCUAGAUGUUAUUCGUUGUUGUGACAACUAGAAACACGAAAGAAAAAAAAUGUAUUUCCAAGUGCCUUGAUACAGUAGGAUUCCUUGAUGAGGUGUACAUAUAUUAUAUAUGUUGAACUAUUCUUUAAAAGUAUUCAAGCUCUCCCUUUAUUGAAACAGAAACAUCUGGGUUUGCUUUUUUUUUAUUUUUUAUACUCGACAUUAUUUUAUCAUUGUCGAAUUUAUCGAAAUUCGAUGAGACACACACACCAUAGAUUUAUAUUCAUUUUCAUCAUAUCGCUAACUAAUUAAUCGCAUUAAACUCAUGUACAAUACUUGAGAUUUAAGAUUCACCAAAGGCAAUUUUAAAAUUCACAAUCACGAAUAUUAACACUUAUUCUUUGUUGUUUUUAUUUUCCAUUAAUAGUCAUUUACAAUAGGCAGCUCAUAGAUAUAUAUUAUAUACACAUAUUAUAUAAAUAAUUGACACUUGAAUCAAGAUGAAUCCAGUUUAAAAAAUUAUUUAUCAAUGAUAAAGAACACAGAGUUUAAAAGAAUGAUUUACAAGAAAAGACUUUAUCUCGUAACAUUCCACGUAAAUGGAUAUGUGAUAUUUUUUAUUGGCAUACUAAUAAAUAAAAGAUUGUGACAUAUAUACUCGCACUGUUGAGAAAAAGAAUAUACUUAUUCAGACUUUAUAGGAAGCAUUUUCACAUACAUAGAUUGUUGAAUAAUCAUAAAUAACCGUAACGUCAUAUUAAAAAAAAAAUUAAAAAAAAAAACCUGUCAUGUACGAUUUUUCAUCUUGCCAUUACUUUUGUUUUGUAUUUUAGCAAUAUUAUUUUUUAAACGAAAAGUAUCACGAGGGUUGUAAUUUUAUUUUCGAUAAUUGUAUUUUAUAAAGGGUACAUUUAAGGAUUAAGUUCUUACACCUGACUAAUUAACACUCAUCACCCCCUCAAGCUGUUGAAAAUUAUUAACGAAAGUACAAUGAGACGAACUGUAAAUAUAUAGAAGCUAGAUGAUAAAAAUAAAAGUAUAUUGAUUUUUUGGAGAUUCUCUGUAUUUUUAUUUAUAAAUAAAAAUGAUGUUCCAAAAGGUUGUGAAGACAUGUACUUAUACAUAAAUGACUAUUCACUCGAAAAAUUGUAAUUUUUUUUCUCACUGAACUGCACAUGUGGAGUGCUAUUAAUGCCAAUUAUAAUCAUAAAAAUACCUAUUCAUAGCUACAGCGUAAAACCUUUAAAAGUUGUCGACUUUUAUUUAUUGAGCGAGCAAAACAAUUUGAUCAAGAUUGGAGGCGCCAACAUGAAAUUUCUCUCUUCACGACUGAUCGGACUAUACAAUGCGAUUCUUGAAAAACUUUUCAUUCAAAGACGCUAAGUCGA